AGUACCGUACAGUACCAGUACACCCCUUCCCCCGAUACCGGCAUCUGGUUAGCUCUAUCAGCAACCCGGGGUCCAGAAGGGUCUUUAUAUGGGUAAUAGUCGUUGCGGCUAAAAUGGCUUUUUUUUUUCUUUUCCCUUUUCUCUCGUUCUCCAUGAUGACUCUUUACAUCCAAGACUUGCUUUCUUUCCUUCUUUCUAGUUCCUUUAGUAUCCGGCGUUUCCACGCGGUCUCUCAUCCUCCGACGGGCCGAUUGUGAGAGAGCCCAGUGCGGGAGCGAUCUGUGCGAUACUGGCACGCCUUGUGUCAUAUCUGCAUGGCAGAAACAGCACGCGACCCAAGACCCUCCAUUCCCUCCCUCUCAGAUCGCCACGUUUUUCGCGCACAUCUACUCCAAUAUAGUACCAGUAUCUUACAAGUACUACUGGGUGCGAAGGGUACGUCAGCGGAAAUCCCCAGUUGGCUCGAUGGAUUCCUCAUACGCUCAGAGGACGGUGCUCGCUCCAGCCGCUAGGAAAAUAGUUCUACAGACUCUUUUUUUUCCUCCACCCAAGGUCCCCCGUACUUGGGGACCAGAUUGAAGUCGAACCCCACCAAAAAUUGGAGUAAUUGGGUUAUCGCGCUGCGAUUUGUAAUCCGCGUUACGAUACCGUAUCGGUUACAGUAUAUGAUACUCGCACCUAAUUUCGGCCGGCCGGGCCACUUUCCUACGGACUCGCAAGUACGAGUACAGUACUCGUACGGGAGGCUCACACCCUGGGCACUCGCACAAUGAAAACCAGGGCGAAAAGUCACAUGACAUGACUAUGACUGCCCCAACCGAACACCCCCUACGUCACAGGUCAAACCCAGCCGCUCGCGCUCCCGCCCGUGCGCGAGUGCCAGACAAAUACGGUAUCUGAGCGACUUGGGGCCUAGAUCCGCCUCGCGAGUGUGUGCCGGUAUCCGGACCCUUCCCUUGCCAAGACCCAUGCAAAUAAGCGGAUCCUUCGCGCUCUUUGAAGUCCGCGAAGCGACAGAUGCCCGAAUUUGCUCGUGAACUGUGGCACUCGUGUAACCGUCGGUGUCUUUUGUCGCCGGUGUCGGGCCGGUUGCUUGGAUGAGCACUGCUAUUCGUCGGGGAUGAAUGAUUACUUAUCCGAUGUCCGACUUGUACUUUGUAGGGAGUUGAUGGGUUGUCUUUGCCGUGUGUGUCCUUUUUUUUUCCCUCUUUUUCCUUUUGUGCUCGUAUAUAUAGAGAAAGGGGGACGGGUAGACUGCGACGAUGAAUCAGAAUCUGUAAAGGGGCUGGCACGAGGAAAAGCUUCAGACGAAUCAUCCAUCUUUGAAUGCGAAGUGAGUAGGAAGAGUGGGAUAACACGACAUUUUCGAAAAAAGAAAGAAGAAAGAAAAAUUGUUUUGUGGAUCAGAGAUCAAGACUUGAGAUAUGUCCGGACAGCACGGACAAAUGAUGGUACUACACGACUCUCUACUCUUUUCAUUCUUUCCUGUUGCGAGCCCGAAUGAACAAACGGAAUACUGACAGUGAUCUUGGUACAACUAGCCCUCGGGACCUCCAUACAUUCCAAAGACAGCAGGUUAUGGUGGUAGACCAGACAAAGGCGUAGAUGUCCCGAUUUCGUCCGUGUUCAUCGCCAUAUUCUUCACCCUCGCCGUCAUCCACAUGGCGCUAUUCGCGAGGAAUCGGCGGAGAGGCCACUUCUUUGUGUUCAGCGCCGUCGUGUUUGGCUUCUGUAUGUCUAGGAUUGUUACAUUUUCAAUGCGGAUAGGUAUGGAUACACACUUGCUUGCUUGUUUGGCGCUCCUUUGGAUUGACUAUCACUCGGCUGACAAUACGGCGGUACGGCAGCUUGGGCGACACACCCGAGGAAUGCGCAGGUUGCUAUCGCUGCAAGUGUGUUUGUCGCUGCGGGUGUGGUGCUGUUGUUCGUUGUCAAUCUGAACUUUGCACAGCGGUUGUUGAGAGCGUACCACCCGAGACUCGUGGGAAAUAAGUUGUUCGACCGGGGCUUCUUGGUGUACUAUAUCUCUGUCGUGCUAGUGUUGAUAAUUGGUACCGCUCCUCGCCUAGAUGCAUAUAUGCUGGAAAAAGCUGGAUGCUAAUACGCGGUUCUCAGUCAUCACCACAACUGUCCAAUCAUUCUACACUCUGAGUGCUCACACACUAAAUAUCGACUCGAGUAAGAUCCUGGGGCCGCGCCACUCAUUUCAAAGCCAGUACUGACCACCCUGAAAGGUAUCCGCAAGUUCGGGAUCAUCUACUUUGCCGUGUUUGCCUUUGCCCCGAUACCGAUGCUUCUGAUCGGGAACCUCAUCCCUUCCAACACUCCACGCCAGAACUUUGGCAAGCGGGGUGACUUGACGGAGAAAACCUUGAUUGUCCUCUUCGCCUCCGGCAUUCUCAGUACUACCCCCCCGCCCCUUUCAAGCCCCAGAUAGUGCCAUAUAGUAUUCACACUGACCGAAACAGCGCUAUCCACCGCCCUUCGUGCGGCGACAUCAUUUAUGCCCCGACCGGCUACGGAUCCAGGUUGGUUCAAUAGCCGCGCGUCAUUCUAUGUAUUCACACCACUAUUGGAGGUGGUUGUUGUGGCGAUGUACGCUGCCACAAGAGCCGAUCAGAAGUUCCAUGUUGAGGGGAAUUUUGAGCGGAAGAGGGCAGCCGAGUCCGGGGAGAAUAUUGUGGAAACGAGUGAAAAGGCCUAG